AUGGUGGAUUACAAGGAUUUUCUACCCAAGCUUAAGGACCUGGCAUUUCUCAAGAACCAGCUGGAACACCUGCAGCAGCAUGUAGAAGACGAAGUCAGCAGUGGUGUGAGCCAGGAUGGCUUGCUCAUGUCCUCCCCAUUCCUCAAGGUCUUCUUAGCUGGCUAUGUGGUGGCCAAACUGAGGCAUCAGCAGUAUGGGCUUUGCUGUGGGUACCUGCACUGGCAUCUACGCAGCUCAGGCACAUGCCUGUGCGCAACCGUGGAGAAGACAUCGAGGGACUAUCUUUGGUCAUUGUGA